AUGUCCGUCUUUGCGGAUAUUAAUCCUAUUGUUCCAAGCCUGGCAAUGCUGAUGGCGUCCAAAAAGCAGCUGCUGGAAGUCGCCAUUCUAGUCGCCAUCUUGAUUGUGUCUCAGUAUCAAUGGACUAGCAAUGCCCUGGGAAAGGCUUUUGUCAUUUUCACCCCAUCCAACAAUCAUCUUCUCAUCACAUCUCCCGACCUCAUCAGAGAGCUCAUAGAUGCGCCGCUGCAGCAAAUGUCGUUGCAUGCAGUAGCCACAGAGAUUUUGCAACCAAAAUACACAAUGUAUGGCUUUGAAUGGCAAGACCAGCGUGGAAUUGAGGGCACGGGAUUUGUUCGUGCUCUUCGAAGCCUUCUUACAUCUCACCUUCCCAAAUUUCAACCCGAUUUGGAGCGUAUAGUGAAGACUUCCUUGGAGACCGGGCUAAGAGAUGCCCAGCCAGAUGGCUUUGCGCACAUGAGGAUAUUCCCAUUUAUGAAGACACUCAUCACUAGAGUCAACUGCUUCAUCUUUUUUGGCGAAGAGCUCUCCCAAAACACCGAAUUCACAUCGGCAGCCUUGGAGUUUCCGCAGACUGUUGUCUCCACCGCAGAGCUUUUGCGCAUAUCUCCCGAGUUCAUGCGGUCCAUGAUAGCAUCUAUUGCUACCAAUCGACACAAAGCUGCAAAAACACUAUAUCGCUAUCUGGUACCGAUGGUUGAGGAGAGACUUGCUGUUAGAGGUCUUCAGUCUAACGAGAUGACACCUACGGAUUGCAUGCAAUGGUUGAUUGAAACCUCGCCUCGCAAAAAUCCCUGGACGCCUGCGAGAAUGGUGGGCGAGAUUAUGGCAGUUUGGUUUGCAUCAGUUCAUCAACUGGCCAUGACAUCAACAUAUGCAAUUCAAGAUCUAUGCCUACAUCCUGAGUAUUUUGAGCCAUUGGCUAUAGAGAUUCGAGACUGCUUUCAUGCGGAGGAUUCUUCAAGAGACGUUGAAAGACUGCCACUUCUUGACAGCUUCAUCAAGGAAUCAGUUCGCAACAGCAACUUCGAUGCCAUUACGUGCCGGCGCAAGGCUCUCGCCCCGUAUACCUUCCAAGACGGCUCAUCCCUCAACAAGGGCGAUUGGGCAUGUAUCCCCCAGCGAGCAAUGAUGCAAGACGGCACGCGAUACAGAGACCCGCAGACGUUUGACGGCUUCAGAUUUGCGCAUGACAACGCCCAACACCAGCAGCAUAAGCGGCCUACGGAUAUGCCUGAACAGAAGGAGUCCAAUUUUACCGAUGCUAACCUUGAUUGGCCAAUUUGGGGACUUGGAAAUGCGGCUUGCCCCGGUCGCUUCUACGCCUCGCUAGUGACCAAGCUCAUCUUGAUCCGCAUCUUGGAAGACUGGGAGUGCAAGAUACCUGAUGUUGAAGCACCAAGAUCCAUGACCUGGAGGUCGAGCAUUGUGCCCCGGAGCAGCACAAUCAUCAUGUUUCGCAAAAGGCAUCCUUAG